UCGUAACCGACUUUGCUGGCCAUAAGGAAUGAAAUAAACAAAGAAAGAGAGACAAGGACACAAACUACAAACAAAAAUUGAUCUUGACUCUUGGGAAGAAGAAUCAAAUUCAUCAUUUACAAACAAAGUGAACAAACUAUUAAGCUCGCUUAAUCUACCGCAGGAGAAAAUGUCCAGUCCAGUGGGGAAUGGUACAGGUUCUCUCGAGCAUCGUGACCGCGGCCACGACUCCUCUUCUGAUGAUAGCGAUGGUGACAAGAAGCACAAACACUCCGACAAGUUUCAUCUCUUCGGCCGCCAGAAACCGGUUCACAGCGCUCUUGGUGGUGGUAAACCUGCUGACAUUAUGCUUUGGAGGAACAAGCAAGUAUCAGCUAGCAUGUUAGCCGCUGCGACUGUCAUCUGGCUUUUAUUCGAGCGGAUUGGCUAUCAUUUGCUUACGUUUGUGUGCCACGCUCUAAUACUUUUGCUGGCAUUGUUGUUCCUAUGGUCUAAUGUCUCCUUCUUCUUUAACAGGUCUCCUUUGGACUUCCCUGAGAUUGUACUGCCGGAGGGCCUUUGCACAGGGCUUGCGCUCUUGUUGAUGGAUCGAUUUAACCAGGCAUUCAACUUCUUCCGAGAAGUGGCAUCAGGAAGGGAUCUGAAGAAGUUUCUUGGUGGAAUGUUGAUAUUAUGGAUUGUUUCAAAAGUUGGCAGUUGGUUCGAUUUCUUGACGCUUGUAUACAUGGUGUGUGUGGCAAUGUUGACGGUACCUUUGCUGUACGAGAAACAUGAAGAUCGAGUGGAUGCAUAUGCACAGCAGGCAACUGUAAAACUCAAGAAGCAAUACAGCUUGCUAGAUGAAAAGGUGCUUCAGAAACUCCCGAAUAUUGCCCCCAAACAGAGUUAAUGAGAUGCAGCAUUUUUGCGGUACAAGGGAGUUCUGUCUUGCUUUAGGAGGAUUUUCUUCCUCUAUUUUGUGUUACUCUAGUCAGGAGUAUUUGGUCUCGGACAGAAUCAUCGCUUAGCUAGUUCUUCAGUCCUUAAAUUAUGGAUCUUUAUCUACCUGUUGAUACAGUUUUUGCUUGCAUAUGAGAUUUAUCUUAUCUUUUUGUUUUUGGGGGGGGUAUAGAUGAAUACAGAUGACAUGCUGCUACUGAC